UGUGCAGCAUGGGCGCCACGAGGCGCCGAGUCAGGACCCGGAGGGCCAGGGACGGGUCGGUGCCCACGCCGUGUGUUCAAGCCCAGUGCUUCGACCCCCUGGUGCGUUUCUGCGUGUCCUGCAAGCUCCUCCGCACGCCGGACCCCAGGCAUGCGCCCAGCAGCCAGGCGCCCGGGACCGCGCAGCAGCCGCAAGAGUCGAUGGGGCCCGACGCCGUGCUGCCGCUGCCAGGGCUGCUCUUAGGCGCCCCGGCGCUCCUGGGCGUGGUGCUGGCGCUGGCUUUGGUGGCCCUGGUGAGCUGGAGGUGGCGGCAGCAGCGCAGGAUGGCCUCCCCGGAGACCCCAGAAGGAGGCCAGGAUGAGCCCAUGGACAAUGUCUUCCUGCCCUCCUUAGAAACCCUUCAUGCCUCAGCUCCUGUCUGGCCUCCACACAAAGAAGAUGCAGACACCACAUUGCCAGGCCACAGCGUCCCAGUGCCUGCCACGGAACUGGGCUCCACGGAGCUGGUGACCACUAAGACAGCUGGCCCUGAGCUGUAGUAGCCCUCAGGGAGCCCUCUGAGUUUUGUGGGCCUUGGACAAGGAAUUCAGCUCUUAACUUCAGUGACCAAAACCUCUGCCCUGAAGCCUGGCUGCUCCUAGCUGAAUCCUGAACAGACAUACAGACACAGGGUCCCGCCAGUAUGGAGUUGUUUUUGCAUCAGCUUUUGACUUGAAGGCAUUCCACUUUUGAGAUUCUUUUAAAGCUCUGAGGCUUUCAAAUAGCUAGAUGGGCUUCAAGUGUUGAAGAUUAAUCCUCCUUCUGAAAAUUUAGAGGAUGGAAACUUAAUCUCUUUAAAAUUUUGUGGUUUUUUGGUGGGGGGGGCACUGGAGAGAUGGCUUAGCAGUUAAGAGAGAUUGCUACUCUUCCACAGGACUGGAACUGGGUUCUUAGCACCCAUGUCAGGUUACAUGCAGUUCACAAUCUCCUGCAGCUCCAGAUCCAGAGGAUCUGAUGCCUCUGGCUUCCAAGGGUACCGGCACUCAUAAGCACAUCCUCCCCCAACCCCGUGACAGAUACCACAUAUACAUACCAAAAAAAAUGAAACUAGCCUGGUUGCCUAGUUUCCCAGCACUUGGGAGGCAGAGGCAGGGGCAGGCAGAUCUCUGUGAGUUCAAGGCCAGCCUGGUCUAC